GCAGCACAAUACGUACUGCAGAAAAGCACUAGGCCUAUUAGUGGGGUGCUUGUUGUUUGUACACAUUACAAUGUCGUAAUCAAUAUACAGUGUUACUUAGGCAUUGUGUUGAGUGUGCAUGUGAGCGUGGAAGGACGGUCCAACCGGCAGAAAUAAGCAAGAUGCGGUUAACCCUGUAAAUAUACAAUUUGUGAAGGAUUUACGAGGUGUUGGGACUGACAGAAAUAGCAAGAUGGCCUCCGAGCCAUCUAAUGCUCCUGUGGUACCGGAUACUACAGCACAGUACGACAGCACAGAGGACACACGAGAAAGCAGUGUUGUAGAGAAGCCCCCAAAGCCAAAACCACCACCCAUUGAUGUAACGGCAGCACAACAAUACCAACAGUCAGACUCACGAACACCUACUACGAACCAGCCGCAGACGCCCGGAAGCUCAGCUUACAGAUCCAAGCUGGAUAAAGAGAAGAAAAUUGGACAUAGACGUGUAGACGAUGAGGGUCAAAUUACAUACAAGAAGAUUCAAACUUCACAAAUCAUAGGCUCAAUACAAUUAGGCAUAGGCUAUGCUGUGGGUAGCUUGGCCUCAAAGCCCGAAAGGGACCUUCUGAUGCAAGAUUUUGCAAUGGUGGAAUCUAUCUUCUUUCCUGGAGAAGGAAGUAGUCUAACGCCAGCUCACCACUACAGUGACUUCAAGUUCAAGGCAUAUGCUCCUGUGGCCUUCCGGUACUUCAGAGACCUUUUUGGCAUUCAACCUGAUGACUUCCUGCUUUCUCUCUGCAAUGAAGCAAUGCGGGAGCUCACCAACCCGGGUGCCAGUGGGAGCAUCUUCUACCUCACUACAGAUGAUGAGUUCAUCAUAAAAACAGUGCAGCACAAAGAAGCUGAAUUUUUACAAAACCUACUUCCAGGAUAUUAUAUGAAUUUAAAUCAGAAUCCGCGGACGCUGUUGCCAAAGUUUUUUGGAUUGUAUUGUUAUCAGUGUGGAGGAAAGAAUGUACGAGUCGUGGUGAUGAACAAUUUGCUGCCCUCUGUUGUCCAAAUGCAUCAGAAAUAUGACCUUAAAGGAUCUACAUACAAACGCAAAGCCAACAAACAUGAACGGAGCAAGAAAUCACCCACUUUCAAGGACUUGGACUUUCUAGAACAACACCCUGAGGGCAUCCUUUUGGAAGCUGACACAUACAGUGCCCUCAUCAAAACCAUUCAGAGGGACUGCAGGGUUUUAGAAAGCUUCAAAAUCAUGGACUACAGUUUGCUGGUAGGCAUCCACAAUCUUGACCAAGCAGCAAGAGAAAGGGCUGAACAGCAGCAGCAACAAAACAAGGACGAGUCUAGGGUAAAUUCAGCAAGUUCUGAAGAUGAUGGGAACUUCAAAUCUGCUGCUUGUGGAGGACUCACACGAAGCAAAUCGGUCAACAGACAGCGACUUGCAGCCUUCUCUACUGCCAUGGAGUCCAUUCAGGCAGAUGUCGAGCCAAUAGACCAAGACGAGAACGUCCCCACUGGUGGUAUUCCAGCAAGGAAUUCUAAAGGCGAAAGGUUGCUGCUCUUCCUUGGGGUCAUAGACAUCCUUCAGAGCUAUCGGCUCAAAAAGAAACUGGAACACACCUGGAAAUCUAUGUUUCAUGAUGGGGAUGCAGUGUCUGUACACAGACCCAGUUUCUAUGCACAAAGGUUUCAGGAUUUCAUGGCCAAACGGGUGUUCAAGAAGAUCCCUUCACUGGACCUCCCUGAAAUCAAAGGGCCACAUCGCAAAUUUAGAGCCCUGGUGUCUAGUGUAUUAGCGCUGAAACAUUCACCGUCAAAAAGAAAAGGAAUGGCGGGAAGAACACGUCAGGUGUCAGCCAAUGAUCAAGACAUUAUCAAAGAAGAAACAGAGUCAGAUUCGCCGAUAAAGGAUCAAGGUAGUGAACGGCAUUUUCCAGAAAGGAAUGCUGUCUUUAAAUUUGGAGCACCAGACUCUGUGAGGGAGUUGGCAGCAUCAAUGGCACGCAGUGCUGUGGAACGAAGCAAGGCUCGGUCCGCUGACCCUGUACGCGCAGCAGUCCUUAGAUCUGCAACAACUGUCACCGUCAAGACUUCAGAGGCCAUGAGUUCAAGCACGUCUUCCGGGAUGAGCUGCACCACCAUGCGGACCCUGACCUGGACUCCGCCUCAUAGUGUUGAGGGUUCGACGCCCACCCACACUGAAGGUACACCAUCCUUCACAGAGUCCAGCUCCAGUGGCGACAUUGCGUGCCCUACAACUCCCCAGAAGAGCUGGUUGAAUAAAGGAUCCCAACCUUCUCUUGGUGACUCCCAGGGACUGCACGAGACAGAAAUGCCUCCACGCCAUGACCUUAACCCCAUUAAUGAAGAUUGACUGAACUUUCACAAGCAACUGUGUGUGUAGUGUGAUGCCAAGUGGACAACGAACCUGCAUGUGUAUGUGUUUUGCUUAUACGCGGCAACUGGACCCGUGAGGAAUGACUAGCAGCAGACACUUCUUCGCCCAUACUCUUAGACGAGCAACAAGACUCUUUUUGCAUGUGCGUCUUAGUUUCACUUGCGUGUACACCUCCUUUUUAAUUUAUUGAUGUCCUUUUUUUACAUACGUUGUUUUACUCCCGCACCAAAUAGCCUCAACGCUGUUACGUGGAUUGUACAGCUCCUCUGCACUUUAUAGAGAGGAGAUUGUGCUGCUGGAUCCAAUAGACUUAUUCAUUUUUCAGCGUGUGCCGGCACAUGGCAAAACUUUUACUCGUGGUUACAAGGCGUACCGCAUAACUCAUUGCCACCAUAUUUACGUCCAGAGCAGCUCAUGUGUUACAUUUACAUAUUCGAUUGUUAUAACAUUGGUUUCCCAUUUCCAGUGUUAGUGCCCACUGUUAGCAGCUACCAUGCUUUUUUUGUGUUUUUUCUUUGUGGGACUAAUUGCGUAUGCAGCAAAAGAGGAGGCUGCCGUGAUGAAAAAAACAAACAUGAAAGCGAAUAUUUCCUUUCAUUCUUUCUUUCGGUCAAACUCUACAUACAGCAGAAGCAAAUAAAAUGUUUGCUUGUUUCA